UGUGCCAAAGUGGGGAGAGUCUGAGUGAAAAACGAAAGUGAUUAACUGUAGGUAGAACUGAUCAGAUCCUUUUUCAGACGGAUCUUUAUAAACAGUUAAAAAAGUAAUACCCUAGCGUACAAUUUGUCAAAGACAUAAUUAUACAAUGUUGGGCGCUAUUUAUAAUUUUAUCCAGAGUUGUUGCAGCAGCAUUGUCGGUGUAAUCCUCAGGCUGCUUGGUAUAAGGAGGAGACCCGCAAUAACUCUUGAAGACCCCAACAUCAAAUACGCUUUACGACUCAUAGACAAGGAGAUAAUCAGCCAUGACACCAGGAAGUUCCGCUUCUCAUUGCCCACUGCUGACCAUGUCCUUGGCCUGCCCAUUGGCCAGCACAUAUAUCUGUCAGCCAAGGUGGAUGGGAACCUAGUGGUCCGUCCCUAUACACCUGUGUCCAGCGACGAUGACAAGGGGUUUGUGGACCUGGUGGUCAAGAUUUAUUACAAAAACGUCAACCCAAAGUUCCCAGAAGGCGGGAAGAUGUCCCAGUACCUGGAAAGCCUUCGGAUUGGUGACACCAUUGACUUCCGUGGUCCAAAUGGACUGCUGAUAUACAAGGGAAAAGGGGUGUUUGCCAUAAAGCCCGAUAAGAAGUCUGAGCCAGUGCUCAAGAAGGCCAAGCACGUUGGCAUGAUCGCAGGGGGAACCGGAAUAACGCCCAUGCUGCAGAUCAUCAGGGCAAUAAUGAAGGAUCCGGCGGAUAAGACUGUGUGUUACCUGCUCUUUGCUAACCAGAGCGAGAGGGACAUUUUGCUGCGCUCUGAUCUGGAUGAGAUAGAGGCCCAGCACUCAUCCCGCUUCAAGCUGUGGUACACUGUGGACAAGGCCCCUGAAGGCUGGGCCUACAGUCAGGGUUUCAUCAAUGAAGAAAUGGUGCGCAAGCAUCUACCCCCGCCAGGCGAGGACACGCUCAUCCUGAUGUGCGGCCCCCCUCCCAUGAUCCAGUUUGCUUGCAACCCCAACCUCGUUAAGGUUGGACACCCUAGUAGUAGGGGGUUCACCUUCUAAGGGCUGCCAACAGCUGCCUGACUGGGUGAGGCAGUCAGUUUGGUGUUUCCAGUUAUUUUCCAAAUUUUCUGUUAAUGUGUUUUAGUUAUGGUUAAAGGCUGUUGAAAAUCUACAACUUGCGUAUCAAAUUGUCUUAGCCUCUGGGCUAAGAAAUUCUAAGAAAUUAGAUGAUUCCUCUGUUGCACAUGGUCACAGGGCGCUUGCUGAUCUCUAACAACAAAGGAACAUGCAAAUACUUUGUGUUGCGAAGAAACCGCAUCAUGUACCAGGUUUCCAGCCGCAAAGCUGUUGAAAUUUGAUGGGAUGACAUGCUAUUGCAAAACUUGCCCACUGCCUAAUCUACAGGGGGAGCUACCUGUAAGUCCAGGAAGUCCCGUGAAAAUAAUUAUGGUAUGAAGUACCCUAUCCUGUCUGUAUCGUUGAAUGUUAAUUCCUUACAUGUGUCUUCUGCAGGAUAAUUAAAGAUUUAAAUUUCUUUAUUAAUUUGGAUCUGCUGCUGUCUGCUGUUGCCUUGACAGCUCUAAUGUCCUGCUUGAAGUCUGUGAAAAUCCAUAUAGAAAAGGCUGUUUGCAGACACUGAAUAUGAUGGAUUCUUGCUGGAAAUGGGAGGUGGGGAGGGGUCACAGUUCAUUUAGUUAUAUCCAGUUCAGUGUUUUUUACUUGAGUGUUAUGCAUAGUUACAUUUGAGGUGUCGUGUGUUACACAUUCAGCAUCGCUCACUGAAACCCUGUGGCAGUCAUUGAUAGAAACGCUUUUGUCUCAGCGCUGCCCUACGAAUAUCAAGCCAUUGCUGUCAGACGCAGGCUAUGCUUUUUGGCUUAGAAGGAAAGUGAUCAAUUAAAAACAUGCUAAUAUAUUCACCAUGGAGUAUCUCAUGCAACUAAUUAAGAAGCCAGUGAUGUCUUACUUGCAUGUUGAUGUCGAUUUACUUUUAAACUUGCUUUUCACAUGAAUAAAACUGCACUUGAUUUAUAAUAGCAUGAUAUGAUUUUAUAUAAGGAGUAUGUUUACAGACAGAGGACAUUGAAAGAAAGGCCACAAUAUUAUUAUCGGGGUACAGAAACAGAAUAUGCAUAUAGUGGCAAAUAUUAUUUUUAUAGAUUGUUUUUUUAUUUGAUUUGGUGACAGCCCAGGACAGAGAGGGACACAAAUGCCAAAGAUGAGCACCUUACAAGUUAAUUGGGUGCUGAACCUACAUCAUAAUCAGCCAAGGGUAACAUGAACCUGAAAUUAGGUAACAAAGUAGUACAGAGCUUUUAAAUGGGUGAUGUGUGGCUCUGGGGUUCAUGACUCUGUACUUGUGAUGAGAAAGUUGCCGGUUCAAAUCCAGUGGUCAGCAGAGUGAUUUCACUGCUAGGCCAUUAUCAAGGCCCCUAACCUGCUUCGCUCCAGGGACGGACUUACUCUGCUUCCUCAGUUGUAUGUUGCCUUUAAUAAAAGCAUCUGCUAAAUGAAUAAAAAUGUAAAUUUAAUGAAAUCAUAAGGACCAAGAAAUGCUUUGCAAUUAAGUGUUUUUAUGUCCAAAAUCUGCUGUGACUUCAGGUCAAAACUCGAUUGGUCAGAUUCGGGCUUCGCGAUAUGACCAAAAUCUCAUAUCCCGAUAAUGAUAUAUAUCUUAUCAGCACCUCGUAUUUAUGGAUUUUUUAAAUACAGAUCAGUUAUGGUAGGAAUUGGAGAGAAGUCUGCAAUGAACAAUGAAGUCCCAUAAAAAGCAGCACAUGCCAUGCAGUGGCAUGUAUGCUUGCAAAUCUGUCAUCCGAAUGAUGGAAAAAAUGUUGCCAUGAACAGUGUAUUUUGCAUCACCACAAAAUAAACGAUAUGAAACUAUAUGUUUUUAUUUCGUCAUCCGAUAUCAUAUCAUACAACCCUAUGUCAGAUACUGCUGUCAUAGAUCUGUAACUCCUGCUUAACCUUUAAUACGAAUUAUCAAAAUUAACAUUAGAUGUGGUAGUUUCUGUAUUGUUAAGAACACAUAUGUAUGUUAACACUGAAUUUGAAUUAGAAUUGAGUAAAGCUGCAGGACUCAGCAUUUGAAUUCGAAAUAUAGAGUGUACUUCAAUGUAAGGCUGUAACAUUCAUGUAUGUUUUGUUCAACAGGAAAGUGUCACUCAUGUUUCUGCAUUGGCCAAAAUACACACUAUUUAUCACUAUAAAUGCUGCUAAUAAUAAAGUAUCACAAUGUCA